UCGCUGCUUUACGCAUGCGUUAGAGCUGCUGUCACUUCCGGAAGCAAAUCGUGGACUUCGACGCAGUGUCACAGCCAAAGUUUCGAUGUUUGCGUGUACAAGACUUGUGUAUAAUAUAAAUGUUCGCCCUGUAUAUUUUUAUUAGUGUUGGCAUAUCUCGUGAAUAAUGUCAGUAGCAAGAUAGAUAUUUGUAUGUUGUCAUUUACAUAGCAUUCGCGGUGUGUGAAUCAAAGUAAAUGGCGGAUCCUAGCCAGCCCCCUUUAGGCCAGAAUUUCCAAUAUAGGGCACCAUUGCCGAAUCCAGGUGGAUCUAAUGUACCUUCGCAGUUUGGUCAAGGUCCUCCUAAAAUGAGUGGAAUGCCAGAAGUUUCACUGGUUGGACAGAGUGUACCACAGAGCAAUAUGUUUUCUGGCCCAUCUCAUUCAGGGACACAGUAUGUAAGACCUACUCAUCCAUCACAUUUCGGCAGUGUUUUACCACAUCAAGGAACAAACAGUGUCAAUGGAUUCACCUUUCCAGCAUCUCGGCCUCCUUAUGGCCCAGGUACUGAUAUAGGUAGGGAGACAUCUGGAGUUAUGCUUCCUAUUAGGCCAGAGCAACCAUCUGUGGGAAGUGUUCAUCAGCCUUCAGGACAUUUUGUGCCUCCAAGUAGCUAUGGCAGCACCAAUUUAUUGGGAGCAUCAGGAUCUGCUGUGAAUGGGACAUUAACUCGACCAUCUGUGCAGCUUCCUGUUGCUGGGUGGCCAGGUGCACAGCCACCAAACCAGCCUCAGCAGCUUCCUCCAUUGUCACAAGGACAGACACCCUUUCUGGCUGGUGCCCAAGGGCCACGCCCACCUUUUUCAAAUGAAUCACAACCAUUUCUGCCAGUUUCAGCAAGUUCAGGGCAACCAAAGCUAAUGCAGUCAGCUCCUCCUCCUAUGACUGUAUCAAAAGGCUCAGAUAUAUCUAGUAGCGGACAGAGUUCAGCUUUCACGCCUGUGCAGAACAGUAAUCCAGGUGUAGCAACAGCUUCAACAAAGAGUCCUCCCAACGAGUUGCCUAUCCCUUAUCAGGGGCAGGCUCAGUAUUCACAUCAGAUUGGUGCCUCCAUGAAGCUUACGCCUGUCCCCACCCCCAGUAAUUCAGAACCUCCAUCACAGCGAUCUUCACGGGGUCCAUCACCCGUUAAUUUGACUUCAAGCAUUGAUGCUUUGGAAGGACAAUGGACACCAGGCCAUGGAGUAUCACCGGUACCACCACCCAUGAAAGGUACAGGCAUUCCUCAUCCAGGAUCAUCAGCCCCUUUUGUUACCAGCACGUCCCCAUCUGGACCACCACAUAGCCACAGGAUUCCUCCACCUGCUCUCUCAAGUUUGACUCAGCCAGGUAUGGUAAUGCCCCCUAUCUCAAGGCCUGGCAUGCCAGGACCUCCACCUGUAGCUGGGCCUCCUCCGUCUUCUGUACCUGGUAUGCUUCCACCUUCACAAUUAAGGAUGGGAAGUGGUCCACCUUUAUCGAGUAUGGGAAGUGGUCUUCCUCCACCACCAAAUAUAGGAAAUGGUCCACCACCACCACCAAGUAUGGGAAGUGGUCCACCACCACCACCACCAAGUAUGGGAAGUGGUCCACCACCACCAACUAUGGGAAGUGGUCCACCUCCACCACCAAGUAUGGGAAGUGGUCCACCUCCACCACCAAGUAUGGGAAGUGGUCCACCACCACCAACUAUGGGAAGUGGUCCACCUCCACCACCAAGUAUGGGAAGUGGUCCACCUCCACUGCCAACAAUGAGCCAGCAGCAGCAACAACAGACAGGGUAUCCAUCAAUGCUGCCUAUGCAAGGAGCAGUGCCACCGACAAGUCGAUAUAGCCAACCUGGCCCUGCCUCUGGCCCAUUCAAUGUUGGACCACCACCAGUGGGAGGGGGAAUAAACCAGCCUAGUGUAUAUACACAGUCUCCAGCUCCCUUGUCUGGGCCUCCUUCAGGGUUAGUUGGGCCACUUUCGGGGCCACCGGGCCUUCCAUCUGGAACACCAAGCUCAUAUCCACAAAUGCAGACAAGUCCUGCAACUGGUCCAGCAUAUCCACAUGUACCUGGGCAAAAUACAGUCAACAGCAUGGCAAGAAAUUUCAGCAAUAUGGCCAUUAGUAACACUCAAGUCAUAAAUCUGUUGAACGAGAAGCAUCUGAUACCAGGGGAAGGUGUAGAAACACCACGACCAACCCUUUAUCAUGACCACAAAAGAGUCAACUGUAGUCCAGAUGUAUUCCGUUGUACUCUAAAUGCCAUACCUCAGACAUCUGCAUUGCUGAACAAGGCAAGGCUUCCGCUGGGCAUAUUAAUACAUCCUUUCAAGGAUUUAUCGAGUGAAGAGGAUGUGCAAUUGCCUGUAAUCCAGUCAAGUGUCAUUGUGCGCUGUCGGUCCUGUCGCACCUACAUUAACCCGUUUGUGACCUUUGUUGAUCAAAGACGCUGGAAAUGCAACCUUUGUUUUAGGGUCAAUGAAUUGCCAGAUGAAUUUUCUUUUGAUCCCGUUUCUAAAACAUAUGGUGACCCCCAGAGACGACCUGAGAUACGCUCAGCCACUAUUGAGUUUAUUGCUCCAUCAGAAUACAUGCUGCGUCCACCUCAACCUGCAGUAUAUCUAUAUGUUCUUGAUGUCUCAUUUAACGCCAUUAAAACAGGUUAUCUUCGCCUGUUUACUCAGGUUUUGAUAGAAGAACUGGAAAGAGUGCCUGGUGAUGGUCGGACUCAGAUUGGCUUUUUAUGCUUUGACCGUUCUCUUUAUUUUUUCAAUCUUGCUGAUGGAUUAUCUCAGCCUCAGAUGUUGAUUGUCCCAGAUUUGGAAGAUGUUUUCCUGCCCUGCCCAGACAAUCUUCUAGUUAAUUUACACGAGUGUAAAGAGAUGGUAGUGGAGCUGCUCAACCAGUUGCCAGGGUUGUUUGAAAAUAAUCAAGAAACAGGCAGCGCAAUGGGUACAGCUCUGCAAGCUGCUUUCAAGCUCAUGGCAACAACAGGUGGCCGUAUGACAGUAAUGCAAACAACACUGCCAUCUGUUGGACCUGGAGCACUGGAAGUGAGAGAAUCUGGAUCCCAGGCCUCUAGUGUGAGUUCCUCAAACCUAGGACCAGCCACUGACUACUACAAGAAGCUGGCUCUUGACUGCUCUGCACAGCAAGUGGCAGUUGACCUUUUCAUGCUUAAUGGGCAGUAUGGUGACAUUGCCACAGUCUCUUGCAUCUCCAAGUACUCUGCAGGCUGCGUGUAUUACUAUCCAUCUUUCCACACCACCAAGAAUCCCUCACUGUCUGACAAAUUUGAGUCAGAUCUUCGUCGCUACCUGACCCGCAAGAUUGGUUUUGAGGCAGUAAUGAGAAUACGAUGUACAAGAGGACUUAGCAUUCACACCUUCCAUGGCAACUUUUUCGUAAGAUCAACAGACCUUCUGUCUUUACCUAACGUGAAUCCUGAUGCUGGCUUUGGCAUGCAGAUGUCUGUAGAGGAAAAUCUCACAGAAUCGAGCAAUGCCUGUUUUCAGGCUGCUCUGCUGUAUACUUCUAGUAAAGGAGAAAGGCGAAUACGAGUGCACACUUUGUGUAUUCCUAUCACUAAUCAGCUUAGUGAUAUUUUGGGUGCUGACCAGCAGGCUAUUGCAGCUCUCUUGGCCAAAAUGGCGGUUGAUCGCACCAUCAACUCCUCUCUGGAGGAUGCUCGUGAUGCUAUGAUGAAUGCUUGUCUGGACAUGAUGACUGCCUAUUCAUCACAGAUUCCUGCAUCACAGCGAGUAGGCGCACUUGUUACUGCCUCCUCUUUGCGCCUGGUGCCUCUGUACACACUGGCCAUGCUCAAGAGUACAGCUUUUAGGUUGUCAUCAACUAUUCGUAUUGAUGAGCGGGUGUUUGCUUUCCACAUGGCCAAGACCCUACCUACAAACUUGUUGCUGCAGAACUACUACCCCCAUCUAUAUCCUGUACAUGCUCUUGAUGAUGAGAAUGUUAUCCAGCAAGGGGAAGAAACUAUUCCAAAGAGUCGCUUACUGCAGCUGUCUUCUGCUAAUAUUGACCGACAUGGGGUGUACCUCAUGGAUCAGGGUGACAACAUGUACCUUUUUGUUGGUGGAGCUGUGUCAGAUUCCUUCUGCCAAGAGGUGUUCAAUGUGCCAAACUUCCUGUCUAUCCCUGAAGGACUGUCGGACUUGCCAGAGUUGGAGAAUCCUACCUCUGAGAGACUGCGUUGCUUUAUAAGUCAUCUGAUGGAUUCAAGACCUGGAGGUGUUAGCUUUCUAGUGUUGAGGGAUGACAGCAGGAUGCGCCACCUCUUUUUCCAUUUAAUGGUGGAAGAUCGCACAGAAAACAGCACAUCUUACUAUGAGUUCCUGCAGUUCCUAGUACAGAAGAUUAAGUAAUAGCUAAUCCUUUUAAGUUCUUUAAAUGUCUCCGCGCCUUUUUCAGCACAGUUUUUAUUUCCUUGAAAAGACAGUUUGUAAAAAUGUAAAGAUCUCUGUUGAAAGAGCAGAAUAUUGCAUGAAGAUGUUUAACAGGAUAGGAGGAUAACCAACAAGGUAAAGUAUCAGAAUGAUACAUUUUACUUAUCAUGCUGUGUGGAUUGAAUUUUUUUUUUUCAUGUUCAAAAGAGAUCAUUUAUGCGAAAGGCAGUUAUGUUUAUGUGAAGUGAGUAACAAAGCUGCAUUAAUCAUUUCAGCAGCAAGACUGGCUGUAUAUAUAUAUAAAUGUCAUCUGGAUCAUGACACAUGCUAUUUUUUUUUUUUAAUUCAUUUUGGUGAUGCAAAAACUUAAGUCUUGAUGUUUCAUCCUUGCUUAUUUCACACCUUGUCAUAUCAGCAAGGGUACUAUUCACAGAUUACAGUUUUAAAUAAGCUGUAGCUCUGAGAAGUGCUAUGAACAGGCUUUUGCAAGUGUCUUCCACAAGUCUGUAGUCAAAAUGAUUAAAAUUUGAUUUUGUCUAUUCUCCCCCCACCAUUUGCCUCCAGUUAUAUGCGAUUGCUGUUCAUAAGUUAGCACAACAUCACCAUUAAGAGCAUGCUUACAUCCUUUUUUAAAUUUAUUUGGAUUUUCAUUAAACAAUAAUUCUAGUGCCAUUAUUUUGCAGUUGCUGUGCUCAAUUUAAAGCCAAUUUGUAUGUCUGUAAAACAUGUAACUUUUAUUUAGGUUUUGGAUUUCUGCCUCACAAUUCUCAUAUCUGUUUUGUCAUUGUUCUCAUCAGUUAGAAGAUCCCAGGGCUUUCACACUUUUGCAUCAAGCUAUAAACUAUCUUUUGCACACAGAAAUUCAACUGUCAUGGGCCAGUUUGUUAUCCAAGGAUAAAGCAGAAAAUCUGCUAUUUUUUUUUCUCCCCACCCACCUGUUCACACUCCGUGACAGCCAUUGCUGUCCUCAUAAUUUUAAACAGGAUGUAUGUGGUUGUGUAGGAAUGAAAGUUUCUCUUGUACAAUGAGUAAUAAUGUUGGUCAUAUGAAGUAGGUAUAUUAAAAAUGCAAGCCUCGUAGAAAUAUUGAUAAUUAUGGAAAGUACAUCAAUAAGGCAAACAGUUUAUAUGAAGGCAUUUUUGUUGAUGUUUUCCUUUUGGUGUUUCUCCCCACUUAUUCCUGCUUUAUGGGGUUUUCUUUUUAAAAAUUUUUUUUGUAUUUGGAUAGGUUGUAUUCUGCGCAUGCUGUUUGUAAAUUGGUUGAUCAUAAAUUUUGAACAAUCCUCUGUAUUGAUAUAGUAUUAAAAGGCCGUCAUAAAGUCAGUGUUAUCACUGUGCAAUAAUUGGCACUUCAUAAGACUGUUUGCACUGGGUCAGGGCUAUAGUUGUUUGUUGUGGGGUAGAUAAAUGGCUGUUCAGUAACAAGAUAUUCUGUGUUUGCAAACUUCAAAAAGCUGCUCUGAUAUCACUAUGCCUUGUGUACAGCUAUCUGACAUUUCAGAUCAUUCGCAAUUGACAUCGUCUGUAUCAUGGAAAAGUCCUCCAAGGACAUUAGUGACACAUUUUUUGUUCUAAUUUUGGUGUAUGUUUACACCUUUAUAUGAUUUUUUUUUUUAUUUUAAGUUUGGGGGUAGGGUACCAUGAAAUUGUGGUGGCAAAUAGUACUUUACUUUUUUCUGUUGGUUCUAAAUGUUGCCACCAUUUCCCCAAGGCUUUGUUGGUCCAAAAGUAGAUGUUUCAUGUUGCUGUUGGUGUCAGUGUUUGUACUUGAGAAUGACAGAUUUUGAAGAACUGGAUGCUUGUCAGUUUUUAAAUGUUCUUUGAAGGAUGUAAGUAUUUGUCAUGAAAUAAAAAUAGAGGUAGCAAGUUGCCAAA